GGCUAUAGGACCAGGUGAUAGGAGAACUUUCAAAUACAGUCAAUAAUCUUGACACUUGCAACAUGAAAGCCAUGACUUAUAGCUCCCUGGCUGUCGGCUUCUUCUGCCUCUUAGCCCUUUCCUCAGCAUGCUACAUCCAAAACUGUCCGAUCGGAGGGAAGAGAUCAGUGCUGGACAUCAUGGACGUCCGAAAGUGCAUUCCCUGUGGUCCAAGAAACAAAGGCCACUGCUUCGGGCCCAGUAUCUGCUGCGGUGAGGAGCUGGGCUGCUACUUUGGCACGUCAGAGACACUUAGAUGCCAGGAGGAAAAUUAUCUGCCCUCACCCUGUGAAUCCGGGAGGAAACCAUGUGGAAACAAUGGUGGCAACUGUGCGGCUUCUGGCAUUUGCUGUAACCACGAAAGCUGUACCGUGGACCCGGCCUGUGAACAAGACUCUGUAUUUUCCUAGUCCUUGUACAUACAAACACGUUUCAUCCAGUGCAAAUCUACCAAGAACAUCUCAGCAAGACGGCCCCAACACAUCGAGCCGGAUACAAAAAGCCUUAGUAUAGGUGUACUGUAUGAUGAAUAAAGUAUGUGAUAACAAUGUA